UAAGUCAUGUACUAUACAUGGAAAUGUCCAGAUUAAUAUAAACACUAAUCCUAAUCAUUAAGCGGGUGUUUCGUCCAAGAAAUAGUGUAAUAGUGUUUGUGGAGGAAUGUUUAUUGCGAAUGUUACGUUCGCCCUCAUGUUGCCUAGCAACACUGUUAAGAACUACCUGAUUUCGCGGAAGAAUGCUUUUUUAAAACAGAGAAACUGGCUUAAGAGUUGCAGAAUGGCGCUGGCAAGCAGUUACAUGAGAAGCUUGUAGCACAGGACAAGAACAACAAGCACACCAGCUAUAUUUCAGGCAGUGUCUCAUCAUCUAACUACUUGUUCAACUAGCUGAAAACAUGGCUUUACUCUUCUCUACUCAACUACAUUCAACCCUACAACCUAUGAGGCUGAGGACUACAUUAGCAUGUUCAGCUCUAAGCACAACAGCUCGUCGUAAAUACAGCAGUAAAAAUGGAGCAGGAUGUGAAUAUCUGCACAGGAGUGUUGUUCCAACCAUGCACUAUCAGAAGAGUUUACCCAGAUUACCAGUUCCGAAGCUGGAGGACACAAUACAGAGAUAUUUGGCAGCUCAACAACCUUUGCUGAAUCAGGAACAGUACAGUAAAACAGAGAAACUGGCUCAAGAGUUCCAGAAUGGCACUGGCAAGCAGUUACAUGAGGAGCUUGUAGCACAGGACAAGAGCAACAAGCACACCAGCUAUAUUUCAGCUCCAUGGUUUGACAUGUACCUGUCUGCCCGUGAAUCUGUGGUACUGAACUUUAACCCUUUCAUGUCCUUCAAUCCCGACCCCAAACCUGAGUACAAUGACCAGCUUGUUCGGGCCUCCAACAUGGUGUGCUCUGCAGUGCGGUUUAUGAAGACUUUGCGUGCUGGUCUCCUGGAACCAGAGGUCUUUCACCUCAACCCUGCUAAGAGCAAUACUGACUCAUUCAAGAAGUUAAUUCGAUGGGUACCGUCUUCCAUCUCAUGGUUUGGGGCCUACAUGGUAAAUGCCUAUCCGCUGGAUAUGUCCCAGUAUUUCCGUCUUUUUAACUCUACACGUAUACCCAAAAACCAGCGAGAUGAGCUUUUUACCGACCAGAAAGGCCGACACGUGCUGGUCAUGAGAAAAGGCAACAUGUAUGUAUUUGAUGCUCUAGACAGGGAUGGUAAUCUGGUAAAGCCUUCAGAGAUCUUGUCCCACCUCAAAUACGUCCUGGCAGACUCGACACCGGCUCCUGCUUUUCCUCUGGGUGUUUUGACAAGUGAGAACAGAGACGUCUGGGCUGGGCUAAGAAAAAAGCUUCUAGAAGCAGGGAAUGGUGAGGCUCUAGGGUUGGUGGACAAUGCUUUGUUCUGCUUGUGUCUUGAUGAAGAGGAGAUGCGUGACCACAUUCAUAUCUCACACAACAUGCUUCAUGGUGAUGGCUGCAACCGCUGGUAUGAUAAGUCAUUUAGUAUCAUCCUGGCCAAGGAUGGACAGGCAGCCAUUAAUUUUGAGCACUCAUGGGGUGACGGUGUAGCUGUUCUGCGCUUUCAAAAUGAAGUCUUUAAAGACACCACAGAGAAGCCACUGGUUGGUCCUGGAACCCAGCCUGCUGCUGUAGAUUCAGCAUCUGCUGUUCGCAGGCUGGAAUUCAAGUUUAACGGAGAAUUGGAACAAGGAAUACAAAAAGCUAAAGAGAACUUUAAUGCUGCUAUUUCUAAGCUCACAAUCGAUGCCAUGGAGUUCAAGAAAGGAGGAAAAGAGCAGCUAAAGAAGAAGAAGCUUAGUCCAGAUGCCAUUGCACAGCUGGCUUUUCAGAUGGGAUUCCUGCGGCAGUAUGGGCAGACUGUAGCUACAUACGAGUCCUGCAGCACCGCGGCCUUCAAACAUGGGCGCACUGAGACCAUCCGACCUGCAAGCGUUCAUACACAACGUUGUGCCCAAGCUUUCGUUCAACAACCAGACCAGCACAGCGUGGAGCAGCUUCUGGGCCUGUUAGAUGCCUGUUCCAAAUAUCAUGGUCAACUCACCAAAGAGGCAGCCAUGGGACAAGGAUUUGACAGGCACCUCUUUGCCAUGCGCUACUUGGCUAAUUCUAAAGGAAUGGCAUUGCCCAGUCUGUUCCAGGACCCAGCAUAUGCUGCAAUAAACCACAACAUUCUGUCCACCAGCACGCUCACUAGCCCUGCUGUCAGUUUGGGGGGCUUCGCCCCUGUGGUGCCAGACGGUUUCGGAGUGGGCUACGGUGUUCAUGAUGACUGGAUCGGGUGCAACGUGUCCAGCUACCCCUCCAGGAACGUCAAGGAGUUUCUCAAAUGUGUUCAUAAGUCACUGGAGGACAUUUUUACUGUUAUUGAAGGAAAGCCAAUCAAAUCUGGUUAAGUGUACUUCAGGGUUAACACUCACUAAAAUGUGAAAGGAUACUUAAGGUUUAAUCACUAGAAAAUGUUCUAGACUAACUUAAUGAUUCACAAUUGUGAUGUCAAUCAAGGCAAGUGAAGCAGGUUUUGUUGUUGACUCAUAAAAGCAAGGGCUUCAUUUCUCACUUACCAUUUUAGCAAUCAUAGAAUAAAAAAAUCCUACCAAUGCUAGACUUAAAAGUUCCAGAAUGUAAUGCUGCUGUGACAAAGCUGAGUUGAUUUGCAUGUAUUUGGAAACUGAUUUUGCUGGUUAGCUAAAACAAGGUCAUGAAACAAAUCUUGGAUGUUUAGAUAUGUGUGAUUCAGUGUUGAUGUAGGACAGGUUAGAAUCUUCUUUCCACUCCGGAUGACUUUAAUGUUUAGGCCCUUGUGCUCAGUUUGUUCACUUUAACCUUAAAAUAUGCUAACAAGCUUGUUAGGAAAAUUAUCUGGAUUAAUUAAAAUGUCUUAUAGUCGGUUAUUAGCACUUAUAAGUUCACAAUUUAGAUUUAGGGAUCUUUGGCAAGGUCAAAGAUCAACAUUUGCCAAAGUUAUGAGCAAAGAUACACAGGCCUCUUGUACUGAUUGUAUAUAUAUUUACUCAAUGUGAAAUAAUAACGUGUUUAAAUAAUGUAAAACAUUUAAGCCCAGCUAGAAAUUCAUCUCUAUACGGUUUGGUAACAUUUGUUCUGCUAUGUACACCCGAGCAAUACUUUUGUGCAUUUAAGGUUGCAGUGAUUGUAAUUAAUAGAAUUAAAAUAAUUACUUAUUUGUUGAAA